CUUUCUUUAUUGCGCUGUGGGGUAGACUGCACUAAAACUCUGAGCUUCCUCCACUGGAAACAACAAACUUCCCUCCCCCACACCAUCCAAAACAAAAAAAGUAAACCACUCUCUCCCCCCCUUCCCAUCCUCAACAAUGGAUAGCCCAAGAAAAAUAGCCAGCAGCCAAGAGCCCCUCUCCCCCUGCACCAGCAGCGGAAGAAGAAGAAGCAGCGACUCCAACUCCCCUGAAUUUGAGUUUUGGAGGGUACCAAAUCCCUCUUUUCCUGAACCCAAUAUUCUCUCCGCCGAUGAACUCUUUGUUGAUGGUGUUCUCCUCCCUCUCCACCUGCUGCACCUCCACAACCACAACCACGACCCUGGCCCUCAACCAGAUCCUGAGCCCCCCAACUCCCAAUCUGAGAAGCCUGGACCUCAAAUAUCACACAAGUCCAUAGCAGCAGAGUCGGUCGGUACCCCUUUAACUGCCUCAAAAAGAUGGAAAGAUAUAUUUAAGAAAGGUGAGAACAAAGCUACAUCAUCAAAGAACCAACGAGAUAAAGAUAACGACAGAGAAAAGAAGAAAGAGAAAAAGAAUCAAAGCGGAGCCACCUCAUCAUCCGCUGAGUUGAAUAUCAAUAUAUGGCCCUUUUCACGCAGUAGAUCCGCUGGGAAUAGUGGAGCCCGACCCACGAUGUUUCCCGGAACUACCCGUAAGGUCAGCAGCGCCCCUUGCUCACGGAGUAAUUCAGCUGGAGAGUCCAAGUCCAGGAAGUGGCCUAGUAGUCCGGGUCGGGCUCACUUGGGUCGGAGCAGCCCCGUCUGGCAGGCACGCCGUGGAAGUGGAGGUUCGAGAACGAAGACUAGUAACACAGAGGCGCCAGUGAGUCGGAGCAGUGAGAAGAUGGCGAGUAAGAAAAAAGUGAGCGUGAGCGGCGGCGAACACCGUCGCAAUAAAACAACAAUUGGCGACAAUUCAAAGAGAAAAGUAGUGAACUUGAAUGUGCCCAUGUGUAUGGCAUACAGACAGCAUUUAAGUUGCAGAAGCGAUGAAAAUAGUGCUACAGGGAUUUCUAAUACAACUUCUACUAGUAUUACCAUUACUGCUACUGCUAUAGCUGAAGCUACAAUAGUUGACAGUAGCAAUAGCAUCAGUAGCACAGCCUCUAAUCUUGCAACUGGUGGUGGUAACCUUUUCAAUUUACGCAGCCUCUUCACUAAAAAGGUCUACUAAUUAAUUAAGUAAUUUGCUUCUUAAUUAACCCCAGAGGGCUCUGAUCGAUUAUUUAUAUAUAUAGAUAUUUGUGUAUUUUGCUGAUAUUUAUUUAUUUAUUAAGCUUGAUUCUGAUGCAUUUUCUUGUUUUCUAAA